AUGUCUACAUCUGGACAUGACCAGGGCCACGCUGGGUCAGACCCACGGUCCAUCCAGGCCAGCGUCCCUCUCUGCUUGCGCCAGGUGUGGAUGCGGUUCGCUGUGAACUUCAGCUGUGGGGAGGAGCCCAACUGCUAUAUAGCCUUUCACUUCAACCCCCGCUUCGACCAGAACUCUGUGGUGUUCAAUAGCUUCCAGAACCACGGCUGGCAGUGUGAGCAGGUGAUGGACGAGAACCCGUUCAAGCACGGGGCCUCCUUCCUGCUGGAGUUCUACAUCACUGACCAGCACUUUGAGGUUGUUGUGAACAAGAAGGUGUUCGGGCAAUUCAUUCACCGCAUCCCCCUGUGUGGAGUGAAGGUCCUGGAGAUCACACCCAAGGUGGAUAUUCAGAAGAUUGAGCUCUUCUAG